UGUUCAUCAUCUGUUGCAUUGUGUCUGUUGCAUUGCCUUUGUAUUUUUCUACAUUUAACAUGUUCCAGUGUAUCUUACGGUGUUGUUAUAAAUAAACAAGGGAGAUGGAAACGCCAGCCAGUGUCCUUAGUGGUCGGGAUUAAUAAACAGCUCCGCGUCCAGGAUUAAGAAAAAGUGUGCGAAAUAAAAUAAGGAGCGAUCAGAAAACGACUAUGUGUCUGGAGGGUGAGGGAAAGUGGGAGAGAGAGAGCGAGAGAAAGAAUAAGGGAGGGAGUGUGUGUGUGUGUUGAGAGCAGGAGAGAAAUAAGGAGAGAGAGUGUGUGUGAGAGAGAGAGAGAGAGGGGUGACGGAGGAGCACAUUUUCAUCCAAACCACCAGUUUUUUCCACAGUCUCAUUUCCUCCGCGGCCGAGCACAGCCCGGCUCUCUGUUCUCCAAAACGAGAGAGAGAGAGACAACAACCAGGCUGUGACUGUUUUAUUCAUUUUCAUUUUUUUUUACAUUUCUUUUGGGAGCGCAUUCUCCCUCUCUCUCCUUUUGGGGGGAGGAUCUGACGCUCGAUCUCCGCCUCUGUGAAUGCCGUAUUCAUUGUCAACUUCUGCCAUUUCUUCACUCAGACUUGAGCUGCAUCAUGAAUAGUUUGGGUCCACCUUUCUCUCACACACCUCUGGAAUGGUGGGGAUUACACGGCCGGAUUCCGGGGAGCAUGUAAACGCAGAUGGAGUUUGGGAUUUAUUGCGAAAAAGGGGAAAGAUGAGCGUGUUCUCGUUGUGCCUGCUCUUGUGCGCGGAUUUGUUGGAUGUCGCCGCGGGAUAUUUGACAGUGACCAUAGAGCCCCUGCCUCCCAUUGUUGUCGGAGAGACCGUAACUCUGAAGUGCAACUUCAAAACUGAUGGACGGCUCAGAGAAAUCGUUUGGUACAGGGUCACAGACGGAGGGACCAUCAAGCAGAAAAUCUUCACUUACGAUGCCAUGUUUAAUACUAAUUACUCUCACAUGGAGGAUUACCGCAGAAGGGAAGAUCUUGUGUAUCAAUCCACUGUCAGGCUACCAGAAGUACGAAUCUCAGACAAUGGGCCUUACGAAUGCCACGUGGGCAUCUACGAUCGGGCAACGAGGGAGAAGGUCGUUCUGGCUUCAGGGGAUAUUUUUCUUACUGUUAUGUCACCUCCGAGCAACAUAUCAGUGGUGGCAGAAAAUACCCCAGCCCCGUUCAGUCGAUACCAGGCUCAGAAUAUCACUCUUCUCUGCACAGCAAAAGGAGGGAAACCUGCUCCAUCGGUGUACUUCAAGCGUGAUGGUGAGCUGAUCGAGGUGAUCUCCUACACUCAACCAUUCUCCGGUGAGCAGGUGGGAGGUAGAUCAGCGGGGGUGAGAGGAGCUCGGCCCCUCAACGUCAGGGACCUUGAUGACACUAAGCUCCAUCGAUCCCCCCUCUUGGAUCCCGAGGCCAGAUCACUUCGUCUCUACCCUGACAUCUCUGAGCAUGUCCACACUCAGGGCCAGCAGGCCUCGGAACCCAGUCCUGCCACAGAGGUUAUCCCGGAGACAGUGGUGAGCCGGGAGUUCCCACGCUGGGUGCAUAGCAUGGACCCUCUUUACUACUUCAGCCACACUUCUUUCCCCCAGAGUGAUGGCUCAGUGGUGGUACAGGCUCGCCUCACCUGGACCCUAAAUCCUCAGCUGGAUAACGACGCGCUGUUCAGCUGUGAAGUCAAGCAUCCAGCGUUGUCUAUGCCCAUGCAGACAGAAGUCACUCUGGCUGCUCCUAAGGGUCCAAAACUCUCAAUGUUCCCCAGUAGGGCAAAAGUGGGGGAUACGGUUCGCAUCACAGUAAAAGGAUUCCAGAAUGAGGUGUUCCCUGAGCCCCUCUUCACCUGGACGCGGGUAGGGGGCCACCUGCUGGACGGCAGCAUCGAGAGAGAGGGGAGGGAGCUCAUUCUGGAGAGAGUGCCGGCCACGCUCAAUGGUUCCAUGUACCGCUGCACGGCUCAGAAUCCUUUGGGUUCCACGGACACGCACACUCGCCUCAUAGUCUUUGAAAAUCCAAGCAUGAUGAAAACCACACAAAACCAGAACAAUGGAGCCUGUCGGAAGGACGUGAUCGGACUAACGUGGAUGGCUCUCAUCCUCACAGUCACAGUGGAACUGACGUGAAACAGCUCAUCCGAGAUCCUCUCUAUUUCUCUUGCUCUCUCCCUCCCUCUCUCUCUAUCUCUGUUUGUCUCUGUCUUACACGCACACGUGGACACUCAAUUCCUCUCUUCGUUCACAACGUCUCUAUAGCCACACAAGAAAGAAAGAAACAAACCUUCUCCAGUCAUCAGCUAACCCUUCAUGCGUCAGUCGAUCAGGAACCAGCACCACCACUGGAUGGCGCUCCCUGUUUUUUUGUAUUAAAAUAUAGCCGAGAUAAAUGAUAUCAGAAGAGAAAACACGAUGGACGUUACAACAGCCCCCUCCUGUACAGCCCGACCCACCUUCACCUUCUUUCUAUACCUUGUUUCACGUCUGCCUGUCGAUCAAUAAAACCAGUCCAUUAGAAACUGGGAGGAAGAAAAUAAGAAUUUCAUUUUUAUGAGUGAAAAUGUCCAAUGUGACACUGGCCGAGGCUGCGGUAACAUAUCAACUACACUUUGUCGGUCACACGUUCAGAAAACCCACCAGACUACAAGUUGCUUAAAACAAACAAACAACAAAAGAAAAACACAGGAGAACAAAUACAGAUGCUCGGCUGUCUGUAGACAGUUUUUCCUUUUUUUUUUUUUAAAUAUACAGUUUUUUCGUGAUGGUCUGGAAUGUACAAAUGGAUUUGAAAGAAUUGAGAAUCUAAGAGAAAAAAAAGCUCUUUUUUGAGUGUAUUUUGUGUACAUCAGUGUAAAUAUUCAAAUGAUUUAAAGAGGCUAUAUGGGGUACGGUGAGGAGUGGUUACUGAAAUGGCCGUAGUUCACCUCACGUCACCUUCGUUUGUACGUCGCUCAUCACGUUUAAAAGCUUCUUUGCGAAAAUAAUUGGAAAAAUAUUUUUUAAAAAGUCUUUAUGUUCCUCAUGUGUGCUCUUUUUUUAUUAAUAUGACAGAACUUCACGGUGAGGUCAAAAAAGUCUAACAUACUGUAUGUCUGCUUUUUUGGGGGUGGUGCAUGUGAUGUUCAAGGGUGAUUUUUAUUCCUCCUUUUGCUGUGUUGCAACUACAGUGCUCCCUAUUGCCACUGGCCUGUAACCCAGUUAUUUACAUGUGACAUACUAUCUUGAGUGAACUACAUUGUGUACAAUACGUAACUCCUAUCCAUGUAUUUCCAGUACAAUGGAAUCAUUUUUAGCCGUCAUACCAUGGAGGAGCCCCCCUGGGCCUGUGUGUGUGUACAAUGGGGUUUGUUGCAUUUGUUUCAUUUCACCUGUAUUAAAAUGGAGAGAUGAUAAAACUCAACAAGCCUUGUCUGAACUGAAGACUCUG